CCUGCUGCUCAACCUACCUGUGGCAGUAUGGCCUAUGGGGCGUGUUUGAUAACCCUCUUGGAGGGUGGGAUAGGGACUAAGAAGGUGGUGGGGCAAUAUUUUUGUUGUUUGGUUCGAUUUUCGUUGAUAGGAUUAUUAGUCCAAGGGGAUUACGAAUCUCCCAAUUCAGUGGGAUUAUUCAGGGGGAGGUGUUACUAGCAAUCCUAUCCGGAGGGAUUGGGAGUUGAAAGACACAAAUACCCUCUCUUUUUGGCAAUCCAGUCUACGUUGAGGGAGAAAAAGGAAAAGAUAGAUGGGGCAUUCCUUCUUUGACCCGGACGGCACUCUCUCUCCUCCUCCUCUUCUUCCUCUUCCAUAAUUGAUAUACCCACUUCAUUGCCUCUCAAUUGGAACCCUCAAGAUCCCAAUCUCACACACAGUAAUUCUCUCUUUCUAUCUCUAGUGGGUAUCUUCUUGUGAUUUACUCCCUACGUCCAAUUUUGUUUGUAUUUUUUUGAUAUUCGUGUCUGUUUUUAACCGUUUAUAUCUUUUAAUAUGAAUCUUCAAAAAUAUGCAAUAUGGAUCUUGUUGAUAGUUCUCGAUUAGGUCUAUAAUACAAAUUUUUUGAAAUUAUGAAACAUAUUAUAGGUUGAGACAUAUAAACGUUUAAAAAAUGACAUGAAUAACAAAAAUAGACAAACAAAAUGAGACAUAGUGAGUAGUAGAUUUUACUUGGACUUAGUUUAUUUUUUGAAUUAAAGGUGAUAUAUAAUGAGAGAAUGAUUGUCUUGUAAAGUAGGAAAUAAGUAAGUACUUGUAUAAAAAAUUUAGCGAAACGGGCCUUAAACCUAGCCUACUGGCCACAUCUUGUGCCUCUAUUGACAUCCGAUAAAAAUUCAUAUCAAUUAUGCAGUAAGGCUCUAUUUGAAACCUAAGGAAAAGCAAAAGAAGGAAAGAAAAAGAAAUAGAUGAAAAAUUUACUGUUCAUUAAAUUUAAUUUUUUAUUUUCUUCCCCCUUUCUCUUCUAACCAAGCAAUAGAAGGGAAAAUUAAUUUUUUUUAAUUUUCUUUUCUUUAAGUAAGUAUUGACUUCUGGCUGAAAAGUCGGUUUAAAUCAGUUCGGUUUUUCCAGUUCAGCCCAAAACAUAUGAACCGAACCGGUUCAUAUGCCCAUUAACGGUCCCAGGAAAAAAUAGGGUAAAAUAUUUCUCUAUUGGCAAGAAAAUUUUUUAGAGAAUUACGCAAAGAAAAAUGUAUUUUGGCCCAUUCUAGAUUCCACAAAAAUUUAAAAAAAUAUCAAUAAGUUUUUGAAAAUUAUUUUAUGGGGCCGUAUAAAAAAUCAGCUCCAACGGACAUCGAUAAAUAUUAUUUUUAGAUUCAUACAGACGAACUGAACAGUUUCGCCGUACGAAUCCAAAAAGUAUAUUUAUCGAUGCACGUUGUAACUGAUUUUUUAUAAUAUCCUAUAAAAUAAUAUUAAAUAUUUAUAAAUAUUUUUUUCAAUAAUUGUAAGACCCGAAAUGAAUCCAAACGCAAUUUUUUUUUUUCCAGUGAUACCCUUCGAAUCUUCAUUGGCAGUAGAAUUUCCGUUUCUCCUGCUACUCUUUAUCAUCAACAAAAGACGUCACGACUCUCUCUCGCUGUUUCAAUUCCUUCACCAGUCACACCUAAAGAAGGUAGGUCGAAAGCGUUCUUCUUCAUCUUGAUUUCAAGUUUCAACCUUCAACUCGAUUAGCCAUUUUCUGUCCUAAUGGUCCCUAGUUUGAUUUUCUGUUCAAAUUUAAUCUGUGAUGAGCCCUAAUAUAUUUUCAGUGUUUUGUGUAUCGUUAGUUUUUCUUCAAUGAGAGUUUUCUAAACCUUCUCGAGAUUAGGGCUUUCAAAAAUUAGCCCCUAAUUUUGUUUCUCUCGAAAAUUAAAUUUGCUUCUCAUACUUUCUGUAGUCUAUUUCUCUGUCAAACGAGCUCUGGUAUUUAAUGGGUUUCUUUGCUUCCAACAUGAGCUCUUGUUCCACCUCAAUUUCUCCAUUUACAUAUGAAAUCACAAGAACCUAUUACUACCCUUUACAUCCAAACUCCUUGCCAUUACCGACAAAUUUCGGAUUUCGAAAUUUCCAUUUUGGACCAAUAUUAGUGUCUAUGAACGUGGAGAAGACAGAAAAGGUUGAAAUUGAGGAAGAAAAGAAACCUAGGUUUACGUGGGUUGAGGUAGGACCUAAUAUUACAGAAACCCAGAAACAGGCCAUAUCUCAACUCCCAUAUAAGAUGACUAAAAGAUGUAAGGCCCUCAUGAGGCAGAUUAUCUGUUUUCCCCCUGAAAAGACUAGUUUGCCCCUGUUGUUGGCUGCUUGGGUGAGGAUUAUGAAGCCCAGGAGAGCUGAUUGGCUUUCUGUUCUCAAGGAAUUGGAAAGGUUGGAUCAUCCUAUGUUACUUGAGGUAGCCGAACUUGCUCUUCUAGAAGAAUCAUUUGAAGCCAAUGUCCGUGACUAUACCAAGCUAAUUAAUGGCUAUGGAAAGCAGAACAGGCUGCAUGAUGCUGAAAACACUCUAUUGGCCAUGAAGACAAGAGGAUUGCCUUGUGACCAGGUGAUCCUAACUGCUUUAAUUCACAUGUAUAGUAAGGCCGGCAAUCUUAAACUGGCCGAAUACACUUAUGGAGAAAUGAAGCUGCUAGGGGUCCCGCUGGAUAACAGAUCUUAUGGAGCUAUGGUUAUGGCUUAUGUAAGGGCUGGAAUGCUUGACCAAGGAGAGUUUUUACUUAGAGAAAUGGCAACUCAGUACAUAUAUGCCAGAAGAGAAGUUUACAAAGCAUUGCUAAGAGCAUAUUCCAUGAUUGGCGAUAGUGAAGGAGCUCAAAGAGUGUUUGAUGCAAUUCAAUUCGCAGGGAUCAUUCCCGAUGUCAAGCUGUUUGGUCUCCUUAUAAAUGCUUAUCUUGUGGCAGGUGAAAGUCAAAAGGCUUAUCUCGCAUUUGAAAGUCUGAGACGGGCUGGUUUUGAACCCAGUGAUAAAUGCGUGUCUUUGAUUUUGACUGCUUAUGAAACGGAAAACAAGCUUAACAAGGCGCUGGACCUUCUGAUGGAGCUGGAGAGAGAAGGUAUUGUAGUUGGGAAAGAAGCUUCGGAAGUACUAGUUAGGUGGUUUCGGAAGUUGGGGGUGGUGGAAGAAGUCGAGCUUGUGCUGAGAGAAUAUGCCUCAAAGCAAGUCAAUUCCACAUGACCUACCUUAGUAGUAGGGGGAGCUCCUAAAAUGGUGCCGCUCCCACCCUGGGAGCCCACUUUUGCGCUCCCAACUAAGGAGAUUGACGGGAGCUCGUUUCCAUUGAGAUGGGAGCUUUGGUAGGAUCCUUGUACAGAAAAACAGGGAUUCAUCUUCAUCUUCAUCUGCAAUUGCAACUAGUGCCUGUAUCACAAACCAAAAAUGCCAAUUCUUGUGCCAGUUCCAUGAGCAAGGAAAAAAAAACUGACAGUCCAACAAGAAGUCAGCUGUCAAAAAAAAUGUACUCCCUCCGUCCCAAUUUACUUGUCCCAGUUCUAUUCUAACUGGAUUAAAAAAUUAGUUAUAUCUUUAAAUUGGUAAUGAAUUUUAUAUCCAAUAUGGAUCUUGUUUGAU